UCAAUUAAACUUCAACAAAUCUACUCCUCAUAAGAGUUUGAACGCAACAUUCCAACGCCACCGAAAAUAUAAAUACCCACCAUACAAUACCAUUAUGUCCAUAAAGCCCACAAGCUUAAAUAUAAAUACACGUUCAAUAAACCACUUCUUAUGAUAAACAUGGCCCUCCAAAGACUUAGCAUCACACUCCUUUUGGUUCUAUUCAUGAGUCUCCAUUCUCAAGCUAGUGUUGAGUCUUCUAAUUGGAAAUAUGCACCAAACAUUGGAAGUGUUAGAGCUGCGUAUUGGCCUGCGGGUGAUGACCUUUCGCCCUCUUCCAUUGACACAAAAUACUUCACUCAUAUCUACUAUGCCUUUAUCCAACAAGACCCUCAACUUUUUCACCUUAGUGUCACCGAAUUUGAUGAAAAAUGGAUACCAAAAUUCAUCGAUGGACUCCGCUACCGUUACCCGCCGGUGAAAACUCUCUUGUCGAUUGGAGGAGGUGGUAGCAACUCAACCGCAUUCUCCCUCAUGGCUAGCAACAAACACACACGACAAGUGUUCAUAAACUCCACCAUCCACGUGGCGCGCCAAUACGGGUUCAAUGGUCUCGAUUUAGAUUGGGAGUUCCCAGAUGAUGAACACGAUAUGUCGAACCUUGGUGUUUUGUUUCAAGAGUGGCACCAAGCUUUGGUGGUGGAAGCAAAAAUAAGUAGAAAACCGCGGUUGCUUUUGACAGCCGCAGUUUACUAUGCUUCCACCAUCAAACUCAUCGGUGAUGGACCAAGAUCAUAUCCAGCCCAAGCCAUUCGGAACUACUUGGAUUGGGCAAGUCCUAUGUGCUUUGAUUACCAUGGGACUUGGGACAAUUUUACAGGCUUUAAUGCAGCAUUAUAUGAUCCAAAGUCCAACAUAAGUACCCAAUAUGGGAUCGGAUCUUGGAUCGAAUCGGGUGUGCCCACCCAAAAGUUGGUUAUGGGUUUACCGUUAUAUGGUCGGGCAUGGGCGCUCCGAGACCCGAACGUUAAUGGGGUUGAGGCAGAAGCAGUUGGGAAAGCCACGGAUACAGAUGGUACUAUGGACUAUGAUGAAAUUUUGGUGUUUAACAAAGAGAAUGGUGCCACUGUGGUGUAUGAUGAUGUAGCUGUGGCUUUCUACUCUUAUGCGGGUACAACUUGGAUUGGGUACGAUGAUGGGCCAUCCAUAAAGAAAAAGGUUCAGUUUGCAAGGUUUACGGGCUUGAAGGGCUAUUUCUUUUGGGCUGUUGGGAAGGAUAAGGAUUGGACCAUCUCAAGACAAGCUUCAAAUGCAUGGAGACACUGACGGCUAGCUACGCCGAGUUAUUUUUAUUCAUAUUGUUGUUCGACUUGCUAGGAUUUUACGUAAGUCAGAAUUUCAUGUAAUCCUCAAGCCUUAAUUGAUGAUACAGAAUCCUCAUAUUCGGAGUUGUGGUGCCACAACAUAAAUAGGACUGUAACAUACUUGAAUACUUUGAUUAUGUACCAAUAAUGAAUAAAAAAAAAAUAUUUCGAAUUCCAUCAAAA